AUCGCAAUCAGGUUAAUUCUCUUCCCACCCUGACUGUGCUUCUAAGUAUUUGGUAUUGAAGACAAAAGAAAACCUUUUGCUAACACAGAUGGAAAAGCUGAAAGCAGUUCAUGUGACAUCGUCAUCUCAAUCAACUCGAAGAAAGUCGUUUUUUUACCUUAUACAUGCAUGACCGAUACCACUUGUAAAUGAUGUGUCCCGCUCCCAGUGACGGGCAUGUGCAGAAGGCGGAGGCCGCGCUCGUGCUCGCGGGUGCGCCUGCGUAGUGGUUUCACAGCGCUCGAGCCUUGCUAGACGGUUUUAUUCAAAAUGUUUGGAUGGGUCUCGGGAGGGGUUAGUAAACGGACUCAAACCGACGGUAUCACUAAAGCAAAUAAAAGUUGCAUGAACCAUAAGUGGCAUCGAGAAACCAUCAACAAAUUGAGCUGUUCCAAAAAAGGGAUGAAAUACAAUGGCAUCAGAAGACUAUCAAGAAGAGGAUGCUUUUUGCUUCAAUGUAGGAGGCUGGUUCUUUUCAAUUCCAAAGUCAAAGCUUUUACAGUUCCGUGAUUCAGUGCUAUGGCAGGAAGCUUCCAGUAUUGUUUAUUCUGAAGACGCCAGACUUUUCAUUGACCGAGAUGGAUAUACUUUCCGCCAUGUGCACUAUUAUUUACACACAUCAAAGCUGUCUUUUACUUGCCUUUCAGAAAUUAGUUUGUUAUAUGAACAAGCAACAGCAAUGUGUCUGACUUCUUUACAACAGGCUUUGGAUAACAUGAAAGAAAGUAAGCAUCAUUUACGCAUACGGACUGAAGAUGUACCAGUCACUAAAAGAGCAAGCAGGAAUUAUUGGAGAACACGAUGUAACAGUAAACCCUCAGAGUUCCAAAUUAAAAGUCCAGCAUUUACAGGAUUACCUGACAAAGCUCCAUUAGGACUAAUUGACACACCAUUAUUGGAUACUGAAGAAGAGGUGCACUGGUAUUUUCUUCCUUUAGACCUAGUGAAGAAAUACCCUAAUUUAAUCAAUGAUGAUAAUCUACUGUGGCUCUGUGAGGGAGUUGUCCUCAUAGAAAUUGGAUGGAGUAAUUUCCGAUAUAUAGCAAAUUUCCUUCAGACGGGAAAACUUCUUGUGCCUGACAAAUUUUCAGAAAUAGAUGUUCUUGUGACUGAGAUGGAGAUGCUUCAAAUUCCAGAGCUCAUCAAAGCUGUGAAAACAUAUAGGUCAGAUAUAGGUGGUAGCUCCAAAGAAGUCUCUAUCCCUGUCAGUUCUAUACGUCAUUCUGAAGGGGAUUGUAACAAUUUGUGUGAAAUAACAGAUAAGCCGUUAUAUGUCCUUGUCCUGGAAUUGUUAGUGAAGUACCCAGAUUCAGCACUAGGACAGCUUUCCAUUGAGAGCAGCCUUGAUGGGAUGAAGCUAUAUAUUUUUGGCAAUGGAGUUCUUUUUAAACAUGUCAGAAGCUGGUUAGGAACAUGCCGCCUACCAUUGACUGAAGAUGUAUCUCAGAUGUGUGCAGUUUGUGUAUUUCUGGAUCAACAUGACAAUCUGUAUCAGCCAGUAAAAGAUGCCAUGCGACUCUACCUGCAAACAAGGAAAAGGGAGACAAUCAUAUCUAAUUUUAAAAUAAGUUCUUUGGAUGACAGCUGGGCUGCUGAUGUAGACAGCCACACUCUUCAUCAAAUAGUGAAGGUUUAUGUGGGAAACUAUUGGUAUGCCACUUACCUGAAUACCUUCUUAAAGUAUCCAGAACUGCUAUAUAAUCGCAACAAAGCACAAUGGAUUUCAUAUGGCAAGACACUUUUCAUCAUUGGAGAUGGUCAGAUGUUCAGACAUAUUAUCAACUUUCUGCGGUUCGACAAACUAUAUAUUCCUUCGGGAUUCAAGGAAUGGCCAUUACUGUGUCAAGAAAUAGAAGAAUGUAAAAUUCCUGCACUUUCUGAAGCAUUAUUUCACUGUGAACAGUACAGAUUGUGGUUAACAGAAAAUGAGACAGAGCCAUUCAGUGCAGAAAAAGUAGAUAUUACUGCAGAAACCAUUACUUCAGUUUCUUCUGCGGAAAUUCAUGCUAGCUUUGAAAAAAAGGAAAGUUUGUUAAAUCAUGUUGCGCAAAAGGAACACACAAACAAUGCUGUUACUGAAAUAGAUCAAUGCAGAUUGACCAGUUGGAACUGGAGCAAUAAGCCUGUUCCUCAGACACGAAACAUGACCAUGGAUUCAGCUCCUAAAAACUGCAGCACAACUAUUUCACCUCAUAAAGGAAGGAAAAGUAAAUUAAACACAUUUUGUGUUGGAGAGAAGCAGGUCACUGAGGAUUUGUAUACUUCAAGCAAUGAUGUAGGUUUUGAUGAUUCAGAAAGUCCACCCAGAAAAAAAACAGUCAAGCCACAUCAUGAUGGACAGUCUGAAAUAAUGACAUCAGUGGAGCAGUUAAUAUCUCUGGUUAAGGGAUGGAAGAAUAACAAUAUGGAGAAAGUUGGAUUUUUGCCUACUGCUGGUUCUAAAGGAAAACGAUUCAGUAAGACAAUGGAUCAUAAUGAUUUUGAUUGUUGGCCACGGGACUCUGGAUUUAUCAUAAAAGUACACCAUCCUCUCCUCCUGGGAAACGAUGGAUACUCUGUGUUUUACACAGAUAGUGUGCUAUACUUGAAACACUCUACUGACAUAGUUGAUGCCGCACAAUAUGGUUACUCAGAUAACAGUCAUGUCGCAGGUUUAGCAUCUCUCACUUUUAACUUAUCACAUGAAGAAAUAUUUUAUGCCAGGGAAUGUAAUCAUUUUUUGACUGGAAUCAUCCUGGACUCAUAUACUUUGAAGGAUCCUCAACAAAUAACAUGGGAAAUACUGCAGCUUGUAAACAUUCUUUGGACAGAAGAAAUAACACCAGAAACAUUUGUGUCUAAGCUGCUAAAUCUAAAGGUUUUCAAGAACCAAAAACAGUCACAUGAAAAGCUGGUUAAAUGGUUAACGUUGACACUGCCAUUUGCUUGGAAAUAUAGCCACUGCAUGGAACUUUUGUUGAAGAAAGGAUAUUAUAAAUCUGUCUCAUUUCCUGUGUUAGGAAACUAAUUUUAAAAACUCAUCACAAAUGAAUUUGAACCUAAUGUCACUGAUUUCAUAGCAAUUAUUGUAUGCAAUGAAUAUCAAUAUUUUAAAAGGUCAUGGCAAAUGUCAAAGUAACUUGAACAGUAAUCUAUUUAAAACCAGAUUGUUUGUUUUGAAAGCUGAGCUUCAAGAGAUGGGGAUGUGAAAAACAUUUUGUGGUUAGUGUAAUUAUAAUCAGUCCAGACAGCCCACACCCUCUGUUUUUAUCAUCAUUGUGGGAUCACAUGUAGAUCAUGAUUACCACAAAAAAAACAUUUUUAUUACAAAUUACAAAACACUGAUCCUAGCCAGUUUUUCUACAAGAUGUACUCUGUAUAAAUUAAAUGUAAUUUUUAACUUGGCCACAUAAAUGUGUGAAUUUUGCCAAACUUGCAAAAUAAAGAGUUCAUUACUUUUGUAGAAAAAUAUGCUUUUUUCAUUUAAGUUCUAAAUACCUUGGUGUUUGGGUCAGAGAACAGAUUAAUAGUUUGAAGAAAUGCUAUUUUUUAGACUUGCAGCUUCUAAAGAUGAUUAUCUGUUGCAUGUUAUGAGAAUUUGGCAGUAUAAACUACCAAUUACAAGUGAAAACUUGACAUUAAAACUUAUAAUUACUUGCAAUUUAGACUGUAUUUGUCUCAAUGAAAACCAUUCAGUAUAUUUGUGUAGCAGAUGUGUUACUAUACUGUUAACCUUAUGUGAGGGAUUAAGUCAGUUUUAAUUUGUAUGUUCAGUGAUGCAACUGUGCAGGCAUCAACAACUCGUUUAUCUAUGCUUGACUCUGUGCCUUGAAUUAGGAUGGGACAUUUUGUUUAAGGCAAAGGUUCUUUCUUUCCUUUAACUCUGGAAUGACCCCACUUUUACACUUAUCAGAAUUCUAGACUUGGGAGAUUUCUGAAGCCUUAAGCUAUAGAGAAAGGUAAAGAAUUUGGAUAUGUCACACUUGCCUUUUGUGGAAAAGAUGACCACAGCUGUAAAUUACUAGUUCAUUCCAAGAUAUGAUUGCAGUCACACUAUUUGAAGGGAAGUUAAUGUCUUGCUUGUCAAAACUGCUGCUUUGAUGAGCUGUACUCUGGAUGGAAAUGAACUUGUGUAUUUUUUUACUGACUAGCAGGAUUAAUCUAGAGUUCCAGGUGCCAGAUGAUUGAAGACUAAAGCCCUCUCAAUGCUGAGCAUCCCUUUACUCACACUAUGCACCUAGAACUUGUAUUAUAGGUAUUCAAGAUAAUUGUGCCAGCCUGUACUACAUGUUGUUUCUCAGCCCAUCCAUACUAAAAACAACAGUGCACAAAUGGCCAGUGGUCUGUUCAGCCAGAACUUUGUUAUGGUUUCCUCAAUGGCAUACUGAGUUUUAACUUGAGUACAACUUGAGUACAUAAUGCAGAAAGACAAUAUGCAGUUAGUAGCAGCCUGCUCUCUAAGAAGGGUGGUUCAGCAUGCCACAUUGAGAAUGGCUGGUGUGCAGAAUCUUCCUGGAAUAAAUAUUAAUUAUAUUUCACUGUGAACAAUGGUUGCGCAGCAAGUAGCAAUACUUGUCAGCCCAAACAAAUUCUUAUAGUUAAAUAAAAUGAAAUUAUUUAAUAUAGUUCAAACUUUGUAAGCUAAAAUAAACAUUUUAUAAAUUU